UUAACCAACCGCCACUGUUAUAGCCAUCGAAAAUGAGAAUCUGUCACGGCAGCCGUUGUGGCAGCAAAGGAAUCCAAAGAGUUUUAUUGCUUUUGCUGUUUCUGCAAAGCCUCAACGCCGCUCUGGCCACACUCGGACCACCGCAGGCGUUGCAAGAGAGGAAGGCGGCGGAGAAGGUGUUAUCACGCAAACGGCGUUAUGUAGCCUUUCCGGAUGGUUCCUCUUUGUCGGCUUCCAUUUGUUUGACCAUCGGCGUUAUUGGCAAUCCCAUUGUGGAAUAUCUCAGUUGGGCUGAAAAUUGGGGUGUCGCUUAUGACUUACCCAACUACGCUUGGGUUAAGGAGCAUACGCGUGGUUUUAAGAAGGACAAGGAUGAGAACAAGACAAAGGCGAUGGCGAUGCGACGUUCAAGACGUGAUUUAUUUGGUAAACUCGAGACACUUAUUGAGAACAUGGGCUUUAAUGGAAAUGCUUGUAUUGCGCGUGCGCUUUGUGAAAGCUCUAAAUAUUUACAAGAUGCUCGUCAGGGUAGAGGAAAUAUGAUGACGGAAAUAAUCAAAACCAUUUUUAGUCUGCCCACCGAGCCGGUGUUUGGGGAAGAACCGGAUGUUAUGCACCACUAUGAUCGCAUCUAUAAAAGAGCACGCCGUGAUGUACUCGAUUGUAGUGUUGAGCAUGCGCAAUGCCAUUUUUCAUUAUUAGAAAUGGCAUUUGGCAAAUAUUCGAUAGCACCAAAGCGGCAAAGUCCUCAGCUGUUAGCGAACAUGCCGGAGGGACGAGGUUUCAUGUAA